CUCGGGCAUGGAGCUGGACGAGGCGCUGCGCAAGUUCCAGUCCCACAUCCGCGUGCAGGGGGAGGCCCAGAAGGUCGAGCGCUUGAUCGAGGCCUUCAGCCAGCGCUACUGCGUGUGUAACGCGGCCCUGCUGCGCCAGUUCCGCAACCCGGACACCAUCUUCAUCCUGGCCUUCGCCGUCAUCCUCCUCAACACCGACAUGUACAGCCCCAGCGUGAAGGCCGAGCGCAAGAUGAAGCUGGAGGACUUCAUCAAGAACCUGGAGGGACAUUUUAAGUGA